UAAGUAUCCUCUUAACUGUUGCCAUAUCUUCAUUGCUGUUCGAACGAAGCAGACUCACAGAAUAUUUCCAAGAAAGAAAGACUUCAAGCUCAAAGCAAAACCCAAAAACCCGACUCUGAUUCACUAUGGAUGUCCAAGAAGAAAAUACUUUAAGAAAACUUAUCUCUCAGAAAAGAGCUUUAUGGGACUCAGCAAUGAAAAGGUAUGAAGAUGGAGUUGACCAUCAAAAGUGUAGAUAUGAGAGAGGUGGCUGUUCCCGGAGAGAAUGGUCAGAGAAACGAGCUUCAUCUUGGUCAACAACAAAACAAAAAAGGCAUAAAGGAGUCUGUGAAAAGAGGGAAAUGAUGGGAAAAGGAAAUAUUUUGGACAAACACAUAUUGUAUACAAGAUCUAAUGCAUAUGAGGACAAAAUGAAUUUGUUGAUAAAUUCUCGGGAAGAAAUAUGUACUUUUUUAAAAACUAUAGGAACGGAUGAAGAUAAUUUUCUAAAAGGUUUUACACACAAAAUAGAAAUUUUGAUGAAAAACAUUGAAAAAAAUGAUUAUGAUCAAGAUUUUAUUAUUUUUGAAAAACUAGAAUUCUUCCUGGAACAUUAUUUACAGAGAAAUAUUUUCCAAAAUAAACACAAAACCAUUGAGCCACCAAAUGUAACCACAAAAUUUCGGCCUCUUCAACCAGUUGUGACCAAAGUAGCUGAGAUUGAGGAACCUGUAGAAGGAUUUGUCAAAAGCACAAUACUAUCCGAUAUUAUUGUCACACAUAAGGGAGUGGUCACCUUUUCCCGCCAUUGUAUGACAGUUUGUUUUAUGACAAGAGACGGUGGCAGAAAUGAGAUUUGUUGUCCAUCUUCUGUCACCAGUUUCACCAGAACCGGUGAAGACAUGGUUCUGGCAACCCUCCCUUUCCAAAGAAUGAUUCUUUUAAUCAGCCCCACAUGUUUCAAGAUUAAAAGGAUUCAGUUGGGGUUGCAUUUGGUUGCUUACUUAGAACAUUCUACACUGAUAGGUGUAGAAAUGUUUGGUAAGACAGUUUACCAAAUUGAUUGGGAGGAUAAUAGAAUUCGAUAUGAAUUCAUUACUAAAGAAAAACCUACAGAUAUUGCUGUAGGGGUCCAGAAUAUACUUUUAGUUACAUUUUCUACUUCUAACAGAGUAAUCUGUUACAAUUUGGAUGGCCAACAGUUAUGGGAGGUAGAGACCCAUUCUCUGCACCUCCCAAGUAAAAUCUCCCUGUACCAAAAUUAUUUCUAUGUCCUCCAGGGACAAAUUAUUUAUAAGAUUUCGGCUAAAGGUGGUGUAAUAACGAGGGACAUUGGCAGGAAAUGCCACUCUAUUUCUGUUGGUAAAGAUACCAUUUUGGUAACAGAUUAUUGCGGCAAAGCACAUGCCAUUGAAACAAAUGAAUACUUUUGGCCCAAACUGUCAUACAACCACCAGGUACAUACUCUCAGUUUGAAAGACUAUAUUGAUAUUGAGGAUUGCUGCAACAUAACAAAUUUUCUACCUAUGUCUACAUCUUCUAUAUUAGUAAUUUACAAAAACAAGAAAGCUAAAUUAUUCACUGAUAACGGGGAAAUAAUUAGCCAAAAUAAUUUAGUUUUCCUUGAGCUUCCUUCUUUCUGUUGUAGAAUAAACGCAAACAGAUUCCUGGUAUUUUAUCGUGAAAUGAAAGGGUUUCAGUAUAUCACCUGUCCUGAACUAAGAAAAGGCCCUUUAGUAAAGGUCCAAACAGAUUAUAUGAAAAUAUGUCUUAUUGUAUCAAAUAAGUGUUUAGCUGUGACCACCACUGAAAACAAAAUCGAGGCCCAUAUCAUAUUGGUCGAGGAAGAUAAAGUUGACAUUAUAGAAAGAAUUUCUCUGGAACAUUAUAAUGUCAGCAUUGCUGCAACUCCAAUUAAUUUCGUGAUCGUAGAUGGAAACGAAAAUAAAAUGGUAUUUUAUUCCACAUGUGGUAAAGAACUUUUUCAAAAAUACCUUCCAUUCAAUGGCCAACACCAUCAAAUCUACUCUGAUAAUAUUUAUAUUUAUGUCCUCUUCAAGAAACACUCUAUUCUGGUAUGUUAUGAUAUAUACGGAGAAAUUAGAUGGCAAUGGAGACUACCUUUGCCUGUUCACCCUCACCUUGCUAUUUUCCAAAGAACUUUUUAUGUCCUGGACACUCAACUCAACAGGUUUCUUCUUUACAAGUAUCAGGAUGGGUCUUCUGGCUGUUGUUUGCACACAAAUAAUCCUUAUAUAAAAAAUCUAGAUAUACGAGCUUGACAAAGUAUCAUUGGUGAAAUAUGUAAUCUGGUGGUGUCCGACAUCAACCAUGAUUGCUUGUUAUAGAGAAAUGAUGGUCUUCAACAGGGAUCUCUGUUGUUUAAAAUCCAUCAGAACUGAGAAAUACUACAACACAAUUUAUAAAUACAACGGCUGUGGAGGCACAUGGCCUAGUGGUUAGAGCAGCAAACUCGCGGUCGAGAGAUCGCGGGUUCGAAUCUCAGACCGGGCGAUGUGUGUGUUUAUGAGCGAAACACCUAAGCUCC